AUGGAACCAGAGCUGACCACUGCCGCUCUCCUUGAGGCUAUCCUCAACCUCACCAACCAAAUCGGGUCCUUGCAGGCCCAAAUAUCAUCACAAGGCCAACAGCUUGCAGAGCUCAAAGCCAUAUGCAAGGAAACCAACAACCUUGUUGGUGACAAAGAUCAGGGCGGAGCCCAAACCAAGCCUGGCCCAUCGACUGGGCCUGUCACCCCUCCUACCCACUCAGGGGGGGAAGCCCACACUCCAGGCACGGUUAGGCCUGGGCUCAAAGCCCCAUUCUGCCCCUCAAGAGGAACGGGUUUUGACUCAGAGGACAAAGAACCAAGGCCUCCCAAAAAGGAGCCUCAAGGAACGCCUAGAAGGCACUUGGGAUCUCUCACCCCCUUUGACGCAGGGUCCAGCGUGAAAAGACCCAAGAUGGAUCUCCCCAACCCCUAUAAGGGUGACACCAGGGGACAAAAGGCCACUCAGUGGCUUGAUCAAAUGAUGCUAUGGGUAGCUCUCCAUCGCAAUCAGUUUGACGAGGAAGAGCAGAUGGUUGGCAAGGGUAACCCUCCUACCACCAUCCAGGCCCUAACGGCCAAAUUCAAGGAAGCCUUUGCCAAUCCCGACGCCAAAUGGGCCGCCGCCAGAAAAAUUGCGGCUCUUUCCCAAUCUACCACCACCUCCGAGUACGUCACAGAGUUCCGCAAUCUCAUGGCGGAGCUAGACUGGAACAAGGAGGCCUAUAUUGCGCAGUUCACGCAAGGCCUCCACUGGAAAGUGAAGGAAUUGCUAUCAACCAAAGAUAGCGUUCCUGACAAACUCAAAGCAAUUUUUGCAGCUUCCAUAAAAAUUGACAACAUUUGCUGCAAAAAUGAGGAGAACCGCCCAAAGAAGGCGCCCGCCAAGUCCCCGGUCACCGCGACCACCACCUCCACUAGCACCACUCAACGGGUCCGACUAUCAGAGGACCCCAAUUACGUUACCCCGGAGGAAAGAGACCGUUGCCGCGCAUCUGGUCUCUGUGUCAAGUGCGGUCAAAAGGGGCAUGGCAUCAAACAGUGCCCUAAUGGUUGGAAGGCAACUAUCAAGGAAGUUGCCAAGCCCCCAACCAAAAAAAUGGACAAUCUAGAUAGUGUAGAAUUUGUAUCUCUUGCCCUAGAUUCAAAUAAAAAACCUCUAUUAUUCAUCAAUCUAUAUGUCCAAAAAUUCCCGGCAGAACCCCUCAAAACCCUCAUUGACUCCGGAGCCACAUUGAAUUUCAUUUCCCCCUUGAUUGUGGAAAAAUAUAAAAUACCAAAAACCCAACUCAAAAACCCACAAGUUGUGAGAAUGUUAGAUGGUACAAUUUCACAGACUGGUUGCAUAUGGCACCAGGUUCAACUCGCGGUCUUGGCCAAUGGCCACCCCCACACUAUCCCUUUCCUUGUUUGCCCCAUAGGCAACACACCGGCUAUUCUAGGCAUGACAUGGUUAACGGCAGAAGCUCCUUUGAUUGAUUGGCAACAGGGACUAGUCACCUUCCCUGAACAAGUUCAAAUUGCCUCUGAAGAAGAAGCGGACUCAGACCCUUUAGCAGACCUCCCCCCUCAGUACCAUGAGUUUGCUAAAGUCUUUGGCAAAGAAGAAUUUAAGGUCCUCCCUCCACAUAGGGAGUAUGACAUCUCUAUAGACCUUGUCCCAGACGCCAAACUGACCCCUGGCCCCAUAUACGGCAUGAUGGAUGCGGAAUCUAAGGCGUUGAAACAACACAUCAACAAGGAAUUGGCAACGGGCAAGAUUUGCCCCAGCACCUCAUCCGCCGGCGCUCCCGUCAUGUUUGUAAAGAAGGCAGAUGGCUCACUAAGAUUGGUAGUCAACUACAGGAAGCUAAAUGACGUCACGCACAAGAACGUUUAUCUGCUCCCUAGGCAGGACAACCUCAUGGCUAAACUCAGACACGCCAAAGUAUUCACCAAAUUGGACUUACGCUGGGGAUACAAUAAUGUUUGGAUCAAGGAAGGCAAUGAAUGGAAGACGGCCUUCAGAACCAAAUAUGGCCUAUUCAAAUACUUAGUCAUGCCAUUUGGUCUCACAAACGCCCCUGUUGCUUUCCAACAUUUCAUGAAUGACCUAUUCAGGGACCUCAUCAAUGUCACCGUGGUUAUUUACUUGGACGACAUACUGAUCUUCUCAGAAGACCCCAAGGACCACCCAACCCAUGUAAGGGAAGUCCUGCCACGGCUACUAAGGAAUCAACUGUUCUGUAAACUCUCCAAGUGUCAUUUUCACGUCACCACAGUAGACUAUUUGGGCAUUGUCAUAUCCCCCGCUGGCUUCUCCAUGGACCAGAAGAAGAUUGAAGCAGUCACAUCUUGGCCACAGCCCAGAACGGUCAAACAGGUCCAGGCUUUCUUAGGGUUUGUCAACUACCUCCGCCGGUUCAUCCCCAAUUUCAGCUUGGUAGCACGCCCCCUCCACAGUCUCACAAGGAAGGAAUCCCCAUGGUCUUGGGGGAACCAGGAAGAAGAGGCGUUUCAGGAAUUAAAAACCCUAGUCACCAGGUCCCUGGUCCUAAUACACUCCAACCCAGCACUGCCUUAUUAUUUAGAGACAGAUGCAUUGGGAGUCGCCAUGGGAGCUAUUCUAAGUCAAAGAGGAUCAGAUAACCGGUUGCACCCCAUUGCCUAUAUGUCAAAAUCCUUCUCAGGUGCCAAAGCCAACUACAACACCCAUGACAAAGAGCUUCUGGCAAUUAUAAAAGCAUUAGAAGAGUGGCGGAUUUUCCUAGAAGCAACGGACAGACCAAUCCAGGUUUUUACAGAUCAUAGAAACCUGGAAUAUUGGAUGCAGGCACGGACAUUUAACAGAAGGCACGCGCGCUGGCGGAUCUUCCUGAGCGACUUCAACUUUGAGAUACACUAUUGCCCAGGAAAACAGUCAGGAAAACCAGACGCCCUGUCCAGAAGGUUGGACUACACGGACAGCCCUCAGGAACCAGAAAUCAUGCUCCCAGCAGAGGUCUUUGCCAACACGUCAGAAGCAGAACUUGAAAUUGUCACAGAAAUCCAAGGAAAACUGAAGGAAGACCCCUCCCUGGAACCUAUCAUCCGUUUCCUGUCAGAAGACGCAGAUAACGCACCCCCGUCCAUCCGCAAGGUGUAUAGGGAUUAUGAUUGGGAGGAAGACCUACUAUGGUACCGAGGGAAGCUAGUGGUCCCAGACUCAGAAAUCCUGAAAGAACAAUUGCUCAGAGAAUUCCAUGAUUCACCCCUAGCAGGGCAUCCUGGACAACAAAGAACCCUGGAGCUCCUGAGUUGCAACUACUGGUGGCCAGGAAUGAAGUCAUCCGCCAAGGAAUGGGUGGAAUGUUGUCCUACCUGCCAAGCCAAUUGUUGCGCCCAUGCCCCUGUCAUUGCCCUGAAGCCCUUAGAAGUUCCCCCCUUCCCGUUCCACACAAUAUCCUAUGACUUCAUUACAGGAUUUCCCAAAUCUAGCGGGCACAACGCAAUCCUGGUGGUAAUUGACUCCUUUUCCAAAUUUGGCCAUUUUAUACCAACCACAAAGAAGAUUACCGCCAAGGGCCUAGCAGACCUGUUCACUACCCACGUGUGGAAACUUCAUGGGUUACCAGUCAAAACCAUAUUGGACCAAGGAACCACAUUCACAGGAAAGUUCCUCAAAGCCCUUUACCAACAAUUGGGAAUCAAGCCCUCCUUCUCAUCGGCUUAUCACCCGGAAUCAGAUGGUCAAACAGAACAAGUUAACCAAUUCAUCAAGUUUUACCUCAGAUCAUACGUAGCCGCCAAUCACUCAGACUGGGCUACUUGGCUCCCCUUGGCAGAAUAUGCAUACAAUAAUGCCAAACAUGCCGCCACCGGGAAAACCCCCUUUGAACUGGUUUAUGGAAGAAACCCGGUAAUGAACCCGUCAAACGUCCCAGCCAAUGUACUGGAGGCAGACGCCGUAGCAGAUACCCUAGCCCGGGAAUGGAAGGAGGCAGAAGCAGCCCUGAGAAUGAGCAAGGAAUGGAUGAGCAGGAGUCAAGGAAUUGUGCCAGAAUAUUCAAUAGGCAAAAGGGUUUGGCUAGAUGGGAGGAAUGUUGAACUUAGGACCAAUUCAAACAAGCUAGACCCCAAGCGACUUGGCCCCUUCAAAGUCAUUGAAAAAAUCUCUAGCCACGCCUACCGCCUAGAAUUACCGGAAUCCCUGAAGAUCCAUAACAUGUUCUGUGUGGGAUUAUUAUCUAAGAGCCACAAAUCCCCAAGUCAGCAUUUUCCAGAAAGACCCCCUCCUGAAACAAUAGAAGGGGAAGAAGAAUAUGAGGUUGAACAAAUCAUUGACUCUAAGCAACAAAAGGGAAAAUGGUUUUACUUGAUUAAAUGGAAAGGGUACGGACCAGAGGACAAUUCAUGGGAACCUGAAGAACUGCUGGAUCACAGCCAAGAAGAGAUCAAGCGCUUCAACCAAGCUAGACUCAGAAAGGCUUGUGACGCCGCCAAGAGCCUUUAA